AUGGAAAAUGCAAGAAGUGAUGAUACAGUAAGGUCUUUAGAGGCCCGAAUGAAUAGAAUGGAACAGAUGUUUGCAGCUCUGACUGAGGUAAUAACUCAACAACAGAGGCAACAACCUUUACCUCCUCCGCCUCCAUGGAUACAAGUUGAACCGGACAACAAUGAUAUUAUCAAUAUGACUCAGAAGUUCAUGAAAAUGAAACCGCCAACCUUUCUUGGUGGUAUUAAACCAAUAAAGGCUGAAACAUGGUUGUUGAAAAUGGAAAAAUUGUUUGAAGUAUUUCCGUGUUCCGAGGUUCAGAAAGUUCUUUUGGCCACCUACACUCUGAAAGACGAAGCUUGGAGAUGGUGGUUAUUGGUUUCAGAAUUUCAGGAACUCAAACAGGGCAGAAUGUCUGUAGCUGAAUAUGAGGCAAAGUUUACUGAGUUAGCUAUAUUUGCUCCUCACAUGGUGGACACAGACUAUAAGAAAGCCCACAAAUUUGAGAGUGGAUUGGAUUUAGAUAUACUAGAUCGGGUGGGAGUCCUCAACCUACCUACGUAUGUGAAUGUAUUGGAUAGAGCAUUCAUAGCAGAAGCCAUUUUGGCAGCAAAAAGGCAAGCUCCAGCCCCAACAACUGAAUGGAAAGGAAAAAGAUCUGGAUUCAGUUUAAGAAGAACCGUUCAAUUGCCAUAA